GUGGUGUGUGUGGGGAUCGGGGGGUUGUAAACGAAGUGACGCUGCUGGCCGUCGGAGACUGGCUCAGGGUGCAGAUGAGUAUGGAAACUGGUUGAGGAAAGUCGGCGGCGCCGAGUUAGUUUCGAGCGAUGCAAAGCUCGAUCCGCGGGGAGCAGUGAAGCGAAGAGAAAAAAAAGUCAGGAGCUGGUGCGAACUUGGUGGUUACGUGUGGGCGCUGCUGGUGGGAGCCGGACAUCGGGCACUGGUCGGCGCUCUCCAGCCCGGCCCGACAGCAGGAUGGGUUUCCGAGACCGCGUCUGUGUGGAGGGUUCUGGGCAAAGCGGCGCUCUCCAAGUGUUGGAGCCCCUGGCGCGACCGUGAUUCUUGCAGUCAAACUUCCUAGGUGUUGUUGAUCAUCGACUCCAGCGAAUGAUCAGAUCGGGGGAGUGAGUGAAAGGACAUGUUUUGAAUAUUCACUGUCAACAGAAAUGCAAAAAGCCAUGUUCAAGAAGACAGUUUUAAAUUAUUUGCUUUUGUUUUAUCCUGGCUUUUGUCUGUUUAUGCAAGAUGCUGGCGGUCUCAAUAUUUGUACAAGUGGACGUGCUACCUCCUGCAAAGAAUGUUUGCUUAUUCAUCCUGACUGUGGCUGGUGUGUUAAAGAGGAAUUUGGCAGCAAAGGAAGCAUCUCUUCAAGGUGUGACUUUAAGGAAAGCUUGAUUAAGAGAGGAUGCCAAGAACAGUUUAUAGAGAGUCCUCAAAGCACUACACUGAUAGAAAGAAAUGUACCGUUAAGCAGUAAGGGAUCAGGAUACUCGCAAUCUGAUGUAAUUCAACUAACUCCUCAAAAGAUUGCUCUCAAUCUAAGACCUGACCACAAGACCACAUUUCGCAUACAAGUUCGGCAGGUGGAUGACUAUCCUGUGGAUUUAUACUAUCUUAUGGACCUUUCCCUCUCCAUGAAAGAUGACUUGGACAACAUUCGGGUGCUAGGAACAACAUUGUCACGAGAGAUGGCAAAACUCACCAGCAAUUUUCGAUUGGGUUUUGGAACAUUUGUUGACAAACCAACAUCGCCGUUCUCAUACACAGGACCCAAAUAUCAGAACAAUCCUUGUGUUGGAUACAAGCUGUUUCCACAAUGUGUCCCAUCAUUUGGAUUCCGACACCUGUUGUCAUUGACGGACAAGUCUGACAAAUUCAAUGCUGAAGUUCAGAAGCAAGUGGUAUCUCGAAAUCGUGACGCACCAGAGGGUGGUUUUGAUGCAAUACUGCAGGCAGCAGUUUGCAAGGAAAAAAUAGGCUGGCGGAAGGAGGCUUCCCACUUACUGGUAUUUACCACUGAUGACGUGCCACAUAUUGCACUGGAUGGCAAACUUGGUGGUCUGGUCCAACCCAAUGAUGGUCAGUGUCACCUGGAUGAACACAAUGAGUAUGGCUUUUCCACACAAAUGGAUUACCCAUCACUUGCACUUCUUGGAGAAAAGCUGGCAGAGAACAACAUUCAUUUGAUAUUUGCUGUGACCCAGUCCCACUAUAUACUUUACAAGAAUUUUACAAGCCUGAUUCCUGGAACAACUGUAGAAAUUCUUGACAAGGAUUCAAAGAAUAUCAUCCAACUGAUUGUCAAUGCUUACAGUAGUAUCCGGUCAAAGGUUGAGCUGACGGUAUGGGAGAAGCCAGAUGACCUUGAUCUUUCUCUGACAGCUAUAUGUCAAGAUGGUGUUUCACGUCCUGGAGUUAGAAAGUGUGGUGACCUCAAAAUUGGAGACACAGUAUCCUUUGAUGUCACUCUGGAAGCCAAGAGCUGCCCAGAAGCCAGGACCAGAGAUAGCUUUACAAUUAAACCAGUUGGCUUCAAAGAUUUACUCAGUAUAACAGUUGGUUAUAUUUGUAACUGCGAGUGUACAAGCGAGAUGCAAACCAAUAGCUCCAAGUGCAAUGGUAACGGAACUUAUGAGUGUGGGAUCUGUAUGUGUGAUCCAGGCUUUUUGGGAGCCAAUUGUGAAUGCCAAGAUGGAGAAACAAGUAAUGUAUUACAGAUGUUCUGUCGUGAAGCAGAGGAAAAGUCAAUCUGCAGUGGCAGAGGAGAAUGCAUUUGCAACCAAUGUGUCUGCUAUGAAAGUGAGUUUGGAAGGAUUUAUGGGACAUUCUGUGAAUGCGAUGACUUCUCAUGUGCAAGACACAAGGGCAUUCUUUGUUCAGGUCAUGGAGAAUGUCACUGUGGUGAAUGCAAGUGCCAUGCAGGCUGGGUUGGAGACAACUGUAACUGUUCAACAGAAUUAGAGUCAUGUCUCUCAGAUGAUGGACAGAUUUGCAGCAGUCGAGGAAACUGUGCAUGUGGUCAGUGUUUGUGCACUGAACCUGGAGCUUUUGGGGAUACCUGUGAAAAGUGCCCAACCUGCCCUGAUGCCUGUGGCACAAAAAGGGAGUGCAUAGAGUGUAGGCUGUUUAAUUCUGGAAGAUUGGCUGACAAUCAGACCUGUCAAAAACUCUGCAAGGAUGAGAUCCUGACGGUAGAUGUCCUCAAAACUGAUGAUCAGGAUGCAGUUCUGUGCCUGUACAAAACAGAAAACGAUUGUGUCAUGAGGUUUACUUACUCGGAACAUAUUAGCGGAAAAUCUGUCCUUACUGCUCUGAAGGAACCAGACUGUGCAAGUGAAACUGAUCCAGUGACAGUACUGAUAGCGGUAGUUGGUAGUAUUUUGGCAGUGGGCAUUGCUUUGCUUGCCAUUUGGAAACUGAUUGUGACUAUUCAUGACAGACGAGAAUUUGCAAAAUUUCAAAAUGAACGAUCCAGAGCACGAUACGAGAUGGCAACCAACCCACUGUACAGGCAACCCAUCACCAUUCAUUCAGUGGAAAUUCUUCCAACAAUGCAUAACAAAUCUUACAAUGGAAUAAUUGACUGAAUUGUGAGCAAGACUACAUUGUAUCUGUGCCAUGAAUUAAGACCAGACUGGGAUUGCAUUACUGAAUCCAGCAACUGGAAACUCUGCCUUUCUACCUCGGGCAGACUAAUAUCUGGAAGCAUGACUGAAAUUAUGGCCUUUUACACAGAAAUAAGAUUUGGGAGUUGACAGUGCCCCUCAUCCAGAGAAAACAAUGUACGAGUUCUUGUUUAGAACUAUUGACUAAUGCUCACGAAGAAACUAUUUCAUUGAAUUUGUUGCUUAGUUAUGGGAAUGAUGGAGAUUCAAGUUGCAACCUUUUUCAGGGCAGAUAACUUUUACAAAAGAAAAUACAUGUUUUGUCAUGAGUUAAUAAAUUUGAGUAUAUUAUGGGAUGUUAUUGAGAUAGUUGGCUACAUUAAUCCCAUGAUAAAUGUUUUUAGCAAUAGUAAAGUGAAAGUAAUUAAUGCUAGCAUAUUACCCCAGAAUUGAACAGAAUAGGCAUUAAGGUAUUUAGCAUACCUAUUACUGUAAUCAGUUUUAAAGAUAAUGUAGAAUGUUGCCAGAACCACAUAGGUAAUAAAACUUUGAUUUUGUUGAGAUACUGGCAGAUCUCUGGUGGCAGCAGUUGCAAAAAACUGGGGGGGUAAACCUUUAGCAAUGGAGAUGGGAAGUUAACAUCCCUAUAUUAUGUGGUUUGCCUCAAUUUUGUAUAGACAGGGUGCCUGCCUGAGUCAGGCAAUGGGCUGUUUUAAUAUUCUGCAAAUUACCAAUAUGUAGUUUUAUAUCACAUAACAUCUGAAAUUUCUUAUUUGCUACAGCUUAAAUUAUUAAUAUUUUCUGAGGUUGCAAAUUGGUACCCAGAAGUUAAUAAUUCUGAUAAUGUUACUUAGUUCUUUUUACAUGUUAAGUAAAAAAUGGGUAGCUGCCCUGGAAAAGGAUAUAUUUUCAUAACAUGAACUGCCUUGGGCUUUUUGAACCAUUUUUACAAUAUUGUUAUGGAGCAUUUUAUAUUUGUAAAGCCAUUUUAGCACAAGAAUUGCACUUUCAAAAGUAUUGCAGUUAAUCAACUAAAAUAGUGUGGAGGUUCAAAUCUCUUGUGAUAUAGUCCUGUUAUCUCUCAUUAUGUGUCUCUUUUAUAACCUGAUGCUAUUUAUUGGUUGGAAUAACCCAGGCUGGUGCAAGUAUAAUAGAAUUUUGGCCAUUGAAAUGGCAGGAAUCAACAGGUUUAUUUUUAAGGAAAAUAAAAUUGUAAAAUUUAAGGCCAGACUUAGCUAAUAAUGCCCAAGGAUAGAAUUGAUGUCUUUAGCUAAUCCUUAUCUCAAGAGAGUACUGCCCAAUAUACUGUUUGAUAUGUUUUCUAACAGAUUUAGGCAGUUGCAAAGACUUGAACAGCUAAUUAAUAAUUAGAAAAGCAAAAGGGGAAAUGCUAACCUGCAUACAUCUUAGGGGCUUUGGUUAUUUAGGAAACAAAGGAAAGCAAGUGGUUAUGAAAAUACUGAAAUUGAUUAUUGAUAACAUGGUAACAGGGCAUUUAAAAACUGUUAGUCAACAUUUCUUUUCAUAAGACUAAAAACUGGGUGCUGCAAAUUUGAAAUAAAAACAAAAUGCUGUGGAUAGCCAGCAAGUCAGGCAGCAGCUGUGGAGAGAGAAACAGUUAAUGUUUCAGGUCAUCAACCCUUCAUCAGAACCAUUAGCUCUGUUUUUCUCUCUCCCCAGCUGCUGCCUGACAUGCAUUGAGUAUCCCCAGCAAUUUCUGUUUUUACCUUAUGAAAAGAAAGUUAUGCUUAAUAAUUUUUUGAGAAUAUAACCAGCAGUGUAGAUAAGGGAGGGAAAUCAGUAGAUGUAAUAUCUAUAUUUCCAAAAGGAAGUUGAUAAGGUGUCACUCAAAGUUGUUGAACAAAGUAAAGUCUGGGGUUGAGGGUAAUAUAUUUGGAUGGAUAAAGAUAUUGUUAAAAGACAAAUAAAAAGAUCACUUUCUGGUUGGUAGGCUUUAUCAAUGAGAUGCCACAAGAAUCAAUAUUUGGGGCUCAUCCAUUUACAUUCAUUGUAAUGACUUAAAUGAAUUGAUAGAAUGGAAUGUAAAAUUUAUCAAUACCAAAAUAGAUAAAGUGAACUGUGAAGAGCAUGCAAAGUGGUCUUAAAGAGAUAAGUGGCAAGAAAUUAGCAGAUGGAGGAUAACCUGAAGAAAUGAGAGAUUAUUCAUUUUGAUACCAAGAAAAUGAAAAUAUUUCUUUAAGUGGUAAGAAACUAGUGAAUAUUAGUCUAUGAAGGAAUUUGGAAUGCAUUUUCACAGUGCAGGAAACUGAGAAACAAAGUAGCAAGUAGGCUUGUAACCCUUUUUCCACAAGAUUUUUGGUGUACAGGAGUAAGUAUGACUGUAAAUGUGCAGGGUUUUAGUGAUAGCACACGUGAAGUACUACACGCAGCUUAGGGCUUUAUAUAAAUAAGGAUAUACUUUCCUUGGAGGCAUGCAGCAUCAAUCCUUGGGAUUAGGGAUUUAACGUCAGGAGAGGAAUUUAAAAGAAUGAGAAUGGAUCUUAAUUUUUAAAAAAUGGAUUUUGAGAGGGAUUAAUAUCAGUCAUGAAAGAGAUGCGUGAUUAGCUCCUGUUCUCUGCCCUGCACUCCAAGCUCCACAUCGAUUUUUUUGUUUUAAUCAAUGCCAGGCUUACUCCCACUCCUAUUUCCUUAUGUUGGGGUUUUAUAUUCAGAUAAAAUAUUCCCAUCUUUAGUGUAUUAGGCGAGGAUGGUAACUCCAAGAAACAAAAAACCUAUGGAAAAGAUUUACUGAAACUUUACCGGCAAUGAGGCACUACUCACGUUAUUUAUAUUUGAAAGUUAAGAAAUCUGAAGGAUGUUCAAAGUUUAAGGUUUUAUUAAGAUUAGUAGAGGAAACUUAUUUUCCUUGGACAGUAACAAGGUUAUAAAAGGCUGAGGUUUUUAAUCGUUAUGCAUAGGGUACAUGGCUAGAAGUAAUGAUAGAAGAAUUCAUAAUCAUUUAUAAAGUGGGUAAAAAUUAUUUUUUUCCAUUUUCUCCUCCUGUGCUGUCAUUGUACCAAUGUUGCUCUGUUGCAUAAAUUUGGGUAAAGCAUAAUUAGAAAAACAUAUUAAAUUAUACAGAUUGUCCUUUUAUCUUCAAUUCAAAACUCCAAAGUUUUUAAGACUGAAAUUAUACUGUAUGGGAGGAGGUCAUUUACUAAUUGUGCUUGUGCUGGUUCUUUGAAAAAGGUGAUUAGUCCCCUUUGAUACAUAGUACUACAAUCUCUUUUCCCUCACACAUCUAUCUGAUUUUCUUUUUGACAGUCAAAUCUGCUUUACAACUCUUUCAUGCGGUACAAGAUACUGAGAAUGUUUACAAUAAUCAAACUGCUUAUGGAAAUUAUGCAAUAAAAAUAAGUCCAUGGAAAGAAUUUUCUC